AUGAGAAUUUAUGAUAAAAGUAAUCUUAAGAUAAUCAGAGAAUUUAAAGGGCAUACAUGGCUAAUUAAUGAUGUUAUUAUAUUGAAUUCAGAUAGAAGUAAUAAAAAUCAAACACAUUUCAAUAAUUAGUAAUAAAUAAGUGAAUAUGAUCAGUUAAUUAGCUGCAGCUCUGAUACUAUAAUCAAAAUUUGGAAUGUGAACGAUUAAGUUGUUUUGUAAAAUAUCAAAUCACAUUAUCUUGAAGUGACUUCGUUGGUUUUAUUCGAUGAAAAUAACCUUAUUUCUGCUGGCAAAGACUCAUUAAUUUUUUUUUAUGAAAUUACUUAUUCUUAAAAUAAUAAUAUGUAGUAGCCUUUUAUUAUUGAUGAAAAAGACCCUUAGGAUAUGCAAUUAGAGAAAUAAGAAUAAAUUUCAAGAAUUAAAAAAAUGAUUACUAAAAUUACAUAGGUUUAUGAGCUAAAAUAUCUUGAAUUUCCUAUAAAAUAAAUUGAAAAAAUAAAUGAGAUAUUCUUUGUAGCAGGAUAUAUGAAUGGUGUUAUUGCCUUAGCUAAUUUUGAAUAAAAGUAGUUCUUAUAUUGUUUUGAGGAUAAGCAUGAUCUAGGUUUGUAUUGCUUAGCUAAACUUGAUGAAUCUACUUUCUGCUCAAGUGGUGGAGAUUCAAAAGUCAAAGUUUGGAAUCUAACCUAAUCUCAUUCAAUAUCUGAAUACUAAUUUACAUAAUAAGAAUACAUAAACAGGAUUAAGGUUUUAAGAAAAAAUAAAUAUAUAGCAGUUUCACAUUCUAAUUAAAUUGAUUUGCUAUCAUACUCUUCUUAAAUUGAUGAUAAAUAAAUUGGAAAUCAAUAAAAAAAAUCAACAAAAAUACCUUCAUUUGCUUAGAAAAAUAAUUUAUUAAAAGUUUUACAAGUAAAAUUAAAAAACCCUAAUGAAGUUAGCGAUUUUUAUUUUGAUUAAAUAAAAUCAAAUGAAGAAAACUAUUAAUAGGUUAUAGUAAUUGGAGUUAAUUAACCUAAAAUUCUUUAUUUUAGUUGA